AUGGCGGUGAAGAAGAGCAACAGAACAGAAGGAGCUACGAGUGCGCUUUGUUUCAAACAGAAAUAUAGAAUGGUCGUAAAAGAAGACAAGAAGGCAGUAUUAACUUGGUCUCUCAACUCCAUACUCUCUCUCUCUCUCUCUCUCUCAAUGGAAAGCUUGGUGGAAGUCUCAGACCAAGAGGUGCGCAUAGACUUCGCUCUCAACUGCAAAUGCCGCGCUAACGUGCGCCUGAGGUCUCUGUGCGCCACCUCCCCUGUAGCCUUCAAAGUCCAAACCUCUUCACCCCACAAGUUCAUGGUCAACCCUCCCAGCGGACUGAUACCUCCCUUAUCCUACGGCACCUUCCAAAUCAUCCUCAAGCCCCAGGCCCAACUUCCCCAGGCCUACCCACGCUCCCCCUCCGACCGCUUCCUCAUCAAGACGGCCCAAUUCCCCUCCACUCCCGGCCCGGCCCACCACCCCGAGUCCGUCACUGUAACCUCCUGGUUCGCCUCCCGGUCCGCCAAUGCGCCGCCGACCCAAGACCACAAGCUCAAGGUCGCCUUCGUCGGCCCAUUUCUCCUCCGCCACGCCGUCGGCCGCGGCGACUACGACGCCGCCAGGAACAUAAUCAAACGGCAAAAGUCUAUUCUCUCCCAGUUGCCGCCGACGGAAUCGGAGUCGCUCCUCCGAGUCGCCACCGAGUUGGCCGACCCGGAGAGCAUGCUGAACUUGCUUCUGGAAUCCGGGCUGAAGAUUGGGGCGCGCGUCGAGCCAGACGACGCGAGGGCGAGUAGGGGAUGGGACGCGCUACACGCGGCGGCGGCGCUUGAUCGGACGGAUGAGGUUGUGGAGCUCGUGAGGACGAUGAGGGGAUGUGGGUCGUUGGAUCGCGGGGAUAGGGAGGGGAAGACUCCUCUGCAUGUGGCUGCAGAGAAGGGGAAUAUAAGGUGCGCGCGGGUGCUAGUGGAAUCGGGUGCGGACAAGGACGCUAGGAGCCGCGACGGUCGCACGGCUUUGCAUAGAGCGGCGGCGAACGGGGACCGUCCGAUGGUGGAGAUGCUGAUGGAGAUGGGUGCGGACCCCACAAAUCCUAAUGAUCGUGGACGAUUGCCAAUUGAUGUUGCACGUGAUAAAGGGCACAGUAAAGUGGUGGAAAUUCUAGAGAGGGGAGAGGCAGUGCUGAUGGCAGCGAGACGCGGCGACUCAAGGCAUCUUGAAUCACUAUUGAAGACUGGUGCAACCAUAAGCCAUCGUGACCAAUAUGGCCUGACUGCUCUUCACGCAGCUGCCAUGAAAGGCCACAAGGACGUAGUUCUGAUGCUUAUUGAAUUUGGAUUGGACUUGGAAUCCCCGGACAAUGAAGGGCACUCACCACUGCAUUUGGCCGUGGUUGGUGGAAGCUUGGACACCGUAGUUGCCUUGGUCAUUAAAGGAGCUAAUAUAAAUAUAAAGAACAAUAGGAGUGCUACGCCUCUAUACAUGGCCACAGCCAUGGGACACCAUGAUAUUGCAGAGUUCCUCAUUACUAAGGGAGCUUCUUCGUCAUUGUAAUUGAAAUCUACGGUAUGGCUUGUAUAGAAUCUUGACAUAAUUAUUUUGGAAUUUGUUUUUAGCUCGUUAUUGCCAAAUCAUUGCAAAAAGCAAAUA